AUUUUCAAUGGAGAAAAAAAUAAUUUGUGUGCCGGGACAACGGCUCUGUAGAUUAGAUUCGACACACACUUUAGGUAAAGGGACAUAUAAAAGACAAGAUUAUAUUUAUUCUAGUUUGGCUGGAAUUGUGAAUGUAGAUAACACAAACAAAAUAUCUGUCGUGGAAGUUCAAAGUAAAGAUCAGACUAUUGUUCCAGCACCUGGGGAUAUUGUAACAGCGAUGGUGACUACAUUAAACCAAGAUAUGUGCAAGUGUCUUAUCACAAGCGUCUGUGGACAUGAGCUGAAUGAAACAUACAGAAGUAAUCUUAGAAGACAAGAUGUGCGCAUGAAAGAAAUUGACAAAAUUGAUAUGUUACAGUGUUUUAGACCAGGAGACAUAAUAUUGGCUAGAAUCUUGCCUAUGACUGAAGCUCAUACCUUUAAACUAACCACUGCUGAAAAUGAACUUGGUGUAGUUAUUGCGUGUAGUGAAUUUGGCUAUCCAAUGACUCCUAUUAGUUGGACUGAAAUGAAAUGUACAAAAACAAGUGUAAUAGAGUACCGAAAAGUAGCUAAAAUUGUUCAAGACAACACAGAAGAAAAUAUUUUAAAAGAAUAAGAAUUAUUUUUCUUCUUAAUUAUUUACAUGAUUUUUUUGUAUGACUCAAUUGU